AUGGAAGCUGCAAAUGCUAACCUCAAUCUGGAGGAGGUUACGCAAAACGUGGCUGAGAAACAUAACCUCAAACUGGUUGAGGUUAUCCAACAAGCGGCAGAAACACCCAUGCCUUCUUCAAGUGGGACAAGCUACAACGCGGUGAGCAAACCUAACCUCACUCCUGCUAAGGUAUCCGACAGCGUGGCUAAUCGGCUAGCCAUUAUGAAGCGGCGGCAGGAGGCGGAGAGGAAACGGAUGGAGCUCGAGUUGCAGCUGAAGUUUGUGAAGGAGGAGGAGGACUUGUUGUCCGAGGAGUUGGGUGUGAAUGUGAUUUCGGGAGCAUCGGCUGUGACACCGUCCCGGCCAGAUGGAGAAUCGAUGCGAGGUUCGCAGCGGGAUGAGCGUGGUCUCGCCCCGCGACUAGAAAGUGUUAAUCGAAACGUGCCUACCGAAUUACCCGAGUUUUCAGGGGACCCGGCGGAAUGGCCCGUGUUUAUUGCGCACUACGACUACACAACGGAGAAAUGUGGUUUUUCCAACUGGGAAAACAUGAUACGGUUGCAGAAGGCGCUCAAAGGUCCUGCGCUUGAAGUUGUGCGAAGCCGUCUAGUGCUACCGGAGGUGGUGCCACAAGUGAUUGCGACGCUGCGAUCGCGCUAUGGUCGGCCGGAACAUCUCAUUUCAGCGCUGAUUGGGAUAGUGCGUCGGAUUCCUGCACCUUGCAGGGAGAAGCCCGAUACUGUUGUGGCGUUCGGCGAGGCAGUGCGGAGCAUGGUAGAUCACAUGCAGGCUGCUGGUCUACGGGGACACUUAACCAACCCGUUGCUGCUGCAAGAGAUCGUGGAAAAGUUGCCGACGAGCGAGCAGUACAGUUGGGCACGGCACAUACGAGGCGUGACGGAACCGGAUCUAAUCGUGUUUGGCGGAUUCAUGACGGAAUGGAUGGACGAUGCUGAGACGUUAACCAGGCUGGAUUCAUCCUCAUUGAAAGCCGACAGGAAGAAACCUAACACCAAGGGUUACGUGCAUGCGCACGUUGAAAACCAGGGAGCGACCACAUCGGGAACAAGAGCCAUCCAGGUAGGACAAUCUUGUUUUGUGUGUAACAAACAGGGACACCUUGUGAGCAAAUGCUUCGCGUUUGGAGCAAUGGCGGUGAAGGACCGCUGGCGGAAGGCCCGUGCACUUUCUUUAUGUUUUAGCUGUCUGGAGCGGCACAAUUGGCGGACGUGCCAAAACAGAGCGGUUUGCAGCAUUGGUGGGUGCACGCGCCGACAUCAUGCGUUGCUACACGGCGCUGAGGAGUCUCGCGAGAUCGGCAGCGAGCAGAAUAUUAUAGAAAACCGUGAAGGAGGAAUCGAUGGUCGUGUCAUUGCGGAGAGUAACCAUCACCAAUACGUGUCAUCAUCAUCGAAGGCGCUCUUUCGAAUAGUGCCUGUCACCGUGUAUGGACCGGCUGCUACGGUGACGACGUUUGCGUUUUUGGAUGAAGGCUCGUCCAUGACGCUAGUGGAUGACGAUUUGGCGGAACAAUUAGGCGAUGAGGGCAAGGUGGAGCCACUUUGCAUCCAUUGGACAGGCAACACUACAAGGAUCGAGGCUGGAUCCAGACGAGUAAACCUGAAGGUGGGACCUGUUGAUUCUACAAAGCGGUUUGCCAUCCACUCGGUACGGACUGUGCCAGGGCUAAACCUACCUCGACAAUCCUUCGUGCAGGAGGAAGAGAGAUGGCAACAUUUGGAGCGGCUACUGAUUCGGCAAUAUCGGGAUGCGGAAACCAAGCUGCUUAUUGGGUUUAACAAUUUGCGGUUGGCGGUCCCUCUCAGGACUAAGGAGGGAGGCGUUGGUGAUCCAAUCGCAGUAAAGACACGCCUUGGGUGGUGUAUUUACGGAAAACCGGCGAAUCUGGAGUGUGAACGGUUGUUGCAUAUUUGCGAGUGCAACGACCAAGGCAACAUUCACGAGACGCUUCGAGAAUAUUUCGACAUGCAGUUGAUUGUUGCUGCACACGGCGUCGAACAGGAUCCAGAUAAGCGACGUGCGAAGCAGAUUCUGGACACUACCACGGUACGAAUCGGGAAGCGAUUCGAAUCGGGAUUACUGUGGAGGAAAGAUGACAUCGAGCUACCUCCUAGCAUCGACAUGGCGCGUCGUAGGUUCAAUUGUUUGGAGAGGAGGAUGGAGCGAGAUGGACAUCUUAAGGAGCAAGUACAUCGACAAGUUCGAGAUUUGUUGAGCAAGCAGUAUGUUCACAAGGCUAUGGUGCGUGAGCUGGAGGAGGCUGACCAGCGACGCGUAUGGUACCUACCGAUAAGGGUGGUUACCAACCCAAAUAAACCUGGAAAGGUUCGGCUGAUUUGGGACGCAGCAGCUAAGGCGCAUGGAACAUCGUUGAACGACAUGCUGCUGAAGGGACCAGACGAGUUGAGCUCGUUACUUGGCGUACUCUUCCGAUUUCGUCUGUACGCAGUGGCGGCGUGUGCAGACGUGAAGGAGAUGUUUUUGCAGAUUAUGAUACGAAAGGAAGACAAACACGCGCAGCGUUUCUUGUGGCGUUACGAACCAACGGACGAGUUAGAAACCUACAUCGUGGACGUCGUGACGUUCGGGUCUGCGUGUUCACCCGCAACAGCGCAGUAUGUCAAGAACCAAAACGCACGAGAGCACAUGGAACAAUUCCCACGAGCGGUGGAGGGAAUUAUCGACAGGACUUACGUAGAUGACUUUCUGGACAGCUUCGAGACGGAAGAAGAAGCAUGUCAGGUAUCCCAUGACAUCCUGAUACAAGAUCUUUGGCGAACUGGCACGCAGUGGGACGAAGAGAUUAACAACACGCAGUUGAACCAUUGGCGUAGAUGGAUUGAUCUGCUACCGGCAAAAGCAGACCUACGCAUUCCGCGCAGUUACUUUGCGGCAGCAUCGAAGAAGAUCUCGAUCUCCCUCUUCUGGGACUUAGCGUUCUGA